AUGGAUCUAGUCGUCGAACCCAACUUACAUUCAUUGAUCAAUUCUUCCACUCACAAAUGGAUCUUUGUUGGUGGUAAAGGUGGUGUUGGUAAGACCACGUCUUCAUGUUCUAUUGCCAUUCAAAUGGCUCAAAGCCAACCUCACAAGCAAUUUUUAUUGAUUUCCACAGAUCCUGCACACAACCUAAGUGAUGCAUUUGGUGAGAAGUUUGGCAAGGAUGCAAGAAGAGUUACUGGUAUGAACAAUUUGUCAUGUAUGGAGAUUGAUCCAUCAGCUGCAUUGAAAGAUAUGAAUGAUAUGGCAGUUUCCCAAGCCAAUGAAAAUGGUGCUCAAGGUGAUGAUGGUCUUGGUGGAUUGUUACAAGGUGGUGCACUUGCUGAAUUAACAGGAUCUAUCCCCGGUAUCGAUGAAGCUCUUUCUUUCAUGGAAGUCAUGAAACAUAUCAAGAAUCAAGAAAAAGGUGAAGGUGAAAGGUACGAUACUGUUAUCUUUGAUACUGCUCCUACGGGUCACACUUUAAGAUUUUUACAACUACCAAACACUUUGUCCAAACUUUUGGAAAAAUUUGGUGAAAUUACAGGUCGUUUGGGUCCAAUGUUGAAUUCUCUUGCUGGUGCUGGUAAUGUGGAUAUCAGUACUAAAUUGAACCAAUUGAAGGAAAGUGUUGAAACCAUUAAGGAUCAGUUCACCAAUCCAGAUUUAACAACAUUUGUCUGUGUUUGUAUCAGUGAAUUUUUAUCACUUUAUGAAACUGAAAGAUUGAUCCAAGAGUUAAUCUCUUAUGAUAUGGAUGUAAAUUCAAUUAUUGUCAACCAAUUGUUGUUUGCAGAUGAUGACCAAGAACAUAACUGUAAAAGAUGUCAAGCAAGAUGGAAGAUGCAAAAGAAAUACUUGGAUCAAAUCGAUGAGCUAUACGAAGAUUUCCAUGUGGUAAAGAUGCCAUUAUGUGCUGGUGAAAUUAGAGGUCUAGAGAAUUUGAGGAAAUUUUCAAGAUUCCUAAACAAAGAAUACAAUCCCGCAAUGGAUAACAAGAUCAUUUACGAAUUGGAAAACAAAAAAUGA